AUGACUUCCACCUCUCCUCGGCCCUCGCGCGCCAAGCGCGGCUCCAUCCCCUCCCUCGAGGCCCUCGGCGAGGCCUUCAAGAACGAGACCAUCGUCGUCGUCUUUGGCGCCUCUGGCGACCUGGCCAAGAAGAAGACGUUCCCGGCCCUCUUCACCCUCUACCGCCAGGGUCACCUUCCCAAGGACGUGCACAUUGUCGGCUACGCUCGCACCAAGAUGACCGAGGAAGAGUUCCACAAGCGCGUGACCAGCUACAUCAAGAAGGACGACAGCGUUGACGACUUUGAUGAGCGGCUCGAGGGCUUCAAGAAGGCCCUUACCUACAUCUCGGGGCCCUACGACAAUGACUCUGGCUACCAGGAGUUGGAGGCCCACCUCCUUGACUUGGAGGGCAGACGCGGACCUAGCGAGAAGGCCAACCGUGUCUUCUACAUGGCUCUCCCACCUUCGGCGUUCACCGAUGUCGCUGCUGGUGUCCGCAAGAACAACUACUCGAAGAACGGCGGUAACCGCAUCAUUGUCGAGAAGCCGUUUGGCAAGGACCUUGAGUCGUGUCGUGAGAUGAUGUCGGCGCUCAAGGCCGAGUGGAACGAGGACGAGACCUACCGUAUUGACCACUACCUGGGCAAGGAGAUGGUCAAGAACUUACUCGUGCUUCGCUUCGGCAACAUUGUCCUCGACGCUGUGCUUAACAAGUUCGCGGUGUCCAACGUCCAGAUCACGUUCAAGGAGUCGUUCGGCACCCAGGGCCGUGGAGGCUACUUUGACGAGUUUGGCAUCAUCCGCGAUGUCUGUCAGAACCACCUCAUGCAGGUUCUUUCGAUCCUGGCCAUGGAGCGUCCCGUGUCGUUCGCGGCUGAGGACCUCCGUGACGAGAAGGUCAAGGUGCUCCGGUCGAUCCCUCCCAUCAAGAAGGAGGACCUGUACCUCGGCCAGUACGUCGCUGGCAACGGCGAGCCUGGGUACCUCGACGACCCGACUGUGCCCAAGGGCUCGAACUGCCCGACCUACGCCGCUCUGUGCCUCUAUAUCAACAACCCCCGCUGGGAGGGCGUGCCGUUCAUCAUGAAGGCCGGCAAGGCACUUAACGAGAGCAAGGUCGAGGUCCGCGUCCAGUUCAAGGACGUCACCUCGGGUAUUUUCACCGACAUUGCGCGCAACGAGCUCGUGUUCCGCAUCCAGCCCGACGAGGCCGUGUACAUCAAACUGAACUCGAAGCUGCCAGGUCUUAUUACCAAGGCUAUCCCCACCGAACUCGAUCUUACCUACAAGGACCGUUUCACUGAUGUCGAGGUGCCUCAGGCGUACGAGGCGCUCAUCCUCGAUGCAUUCAAGGGCGACCGUUCCAACUUUGUCCGUGACGACGAGCUCGAGCAGUCGUGGAAGAUCUUCACCCCGAUCCUUCACUACAUCGACAACGAGAAGCCUACGCCCGAGCCGUACCCGUUCGGCGCGCGUGGACCCAAGGACUCGCUCGCGUUCUCGAUGAAGUACGGCUACAAGCGCACGGACGAGGGCACCUACACCUGGCCCGUCACGAGUGUGUCGGCCAACCUGUAA